AUGGAUCUUGAACAACAGUUCAGGGUUGAAAUGACAGUAGAAAAUAGUAUUCUCGAAGUAUCUAACGAUGGAAGUGGCUUGAUGGAAAACAGUGAUCAACGAAACACUGGCGAUAGGAAUAGUGAAGAAAACAUAUUCUAUGAAGCCAAUACGGAGAGAAGCAAUGAUAUUAAUAUUCAAGGAGUGGAACCGGGAACGAUACAUCCAGAAUUUAUGUACAAUGAACAUGAUGAAUCUAUAUUCGAUGACGAGAAUGUGUUCCCCAGUCUUAAUCCAGAGGCGGAAGACAUAGUGAAAUUUGACGAAAGUAAUCCCGAACUAAUAAACCAUGCUACACUCAAAGCAUUGAUAGUCCAAUUGACGUCACCAGAAGUUAUUGAUUACAACUUGAUUUGUGAUUUCUUUCUUACAUACAGAAUAUUUGUUGAUAGCGAAAAAGUGAUGAAUAUGUUAUUAAUAAGAUUAAUAUGGUCGUUACAGUAUAUCAAUUCAAAUAAUGAAGCAAGCAUAAACAUUGGUAAAUUGGUACUAUUAAGAACUUUUGUUGUAUUGAGACAUUGGAUGUUGAAUUACUUUGUUGAUGAUUUUGACUCUAAUAACCACUUAUGUGAUAUAUUCACUUACAAUAUGAAUCAAAUAACAAAUGAAUCGAAUCUAGUUACAGAUGAUAUGUUUUUCGAACAAAAGGUUUUGAAGGAUUUAAAAAUUCAUUGGAUAUCUUUGUUGAACGAGUUUUGGAAUGUUGAAAUUGACCUUGAUAUUGUAUCAGAUGAUAUCUUGCAAUAUAGAUUACCUAUGAUAUUCGAAAUUUCAAAUGCCAAAAAAUUAUCCAAAAGUAAUACCGAAAUGUCUAUUCAUACGAAUGCGUCAUAUAGAAGAUCGGCCAUGUUAUCAUUAUAUGAUCCGAAGAUUCAGCAUAAAUGUCUUAUAUUUGGUACAAAUGGUAAUGAUGAAAAUCCACAGCUUUCUGUGAACAACUUAUUGCUCCACCAUCAAUCAUCCAGGCUUUCAGUAAAUACGAAGUUACAAGAACUCAAAGACAAGAAGUUGAAAGAUGUAACCGUUGAAAGGAAGCCCUUAACAUCAAACACAAAACAUAAUCAUAUGAACCUUCAAGAUUCAUCGUUAGGUUUAAAGAAAACCUCUCAAAACAAACAACAAACUCUUGAAGAAACACAAGCUGGCGUAUCAACUCCAAUUAAGAAUAAAGAAAAUAUCAAUUUCGAUAAUAAGCUUUCCCCUAUUAAAAUGGUAAAUAUAGGAUUUUCGACAAAUGGUAAUGUAAAACUUCCUUCGUCGAAGGUAACCGCAAUUUUACCCCCUACUCCAGUAAAGAAAAUGGACUAUGUUAUCAAACAGACUAAUGUGAAUGAUCCUUCCCACAAACCUAAUCAUUACAUUAAGGAUGGAAAGACCACAGAUGAUGCAUUGAGUGAUUUUGGAAGAAAGAAGUCAUUAAAAAAGUUUGUUGAUGGAUGGAAAAAAUCGUUUAAUCAUAAUUCAUCGAAUAUUAACCACGCAUCACAUGCAACGAAUAACAGUCAGGGUAGUAAGGAUAUGAAUAAUUUAAUAAAGGAUGCAAUGAAUGUAAUGUCUGAAAACGACGAAGAAGAAAUUGGGGAUAGAGUUGAUGUCCUAUGUGCUAGAGCUGUUGACGAAUUGGAAUACUUGAUACGAUACUAUGUUGGUAAUGAUUCUCCAUCAACUAUAAUUGAAAGGGAUAUUGAUGGGAUCGAAGAAAAUAAUAAGAGAAAUACAAUUGAUGAAUUUGUCGAUGUUACUGUAGAUGAAAAUCGAGAAGACAACAAAGCAGAUCAUUAUGAUGAUGAAUCAAUUGAUAUAAUGGCAUCUCCAGCAAAAAAGCCUAGAGUCACAAGUACAUCUCAUAGUAGUCCCGUGAGAGGAAAGAUUGAAAAUAUUGACGACAACGAAGAUUCAUCGGCAAUCGACAUUAAUGAUUUAUCAGAACUCAAUCUCAAAAAAAUAGACAAUUUGAUCAAUACUGAUGAGAUAAAUUAUGAAGAACAACGACAAGAUAAAGAGCAUUAUAAACAAAGAAGUCAUACUCCAGUUGAUCAAAUAUUUGGAAGGUCGUUUGACGCAUCUAACCAAUCAUCUUUCCAAAGACCAGCAAGUAUUAAUUGGAAUGAUGAGGGUGAUCUUGAUUUAGAAUAUUCAGAAAAUAAGACGACAGGGUCGGUGGAUGAUUUUGAUGAUGAACCUAAAUCUCCAAUAAAUCAGGACCAAUCAUUUAAUAUUGGCUCCCAAUUACCUCCCGACCCUCAUUACGUUAUUAACAAUCAAUCUAGUAAGUCAUUUGAAUCUUCAAUUUCAACACCUAGUAACAUAACACAAUAUAACGCUGAGGUUGCAGAUCUUGGAAUUGCGUUGAGCCCCCAUCUGAUGAAGAAUAAUUCAGUAAGAAGAAUUAGCUUCAAUGAAGCUAACUUGACGAAGAAUAAUAGUAACCGCAAACGCAUGUCUACGUUGUCAAAAAAUUCAUCCGGAUCAAUAUUUCGUAAAGAUAGCCGAAAUUCAGCGAAGUCCUAUAUUAGUUACGAUUCUGCUUUUUCGAUUUCUAAAGGGUCAGCUACCUAUAAAAAUAACGAGCUAGACAACGGUGAAUUAAAGAAAAAGACAGCAUAUACUGAUCUUCGAACUGUUGCUGGUAUCAACGACCAAAGACCAGCUUUGGAUUCUAGAAUAAGCAUAGAGUCAAUGUCAAUGGGUUCGUAUCUAUCAAGAUCGUCGUCAUUAAGGAAAAGUGUCAGACUCAGUACAUUAUGUGCUUUGACUGAAUUACCAUUUGGCGAACACAACGCAUCGAAUAUAUCGACUGAUAGACGUAUCCCAAGCAUCAAGAAAGAAUUAAGACAACUGGAUAUAUCAGAUAGUUCAUUUUUUUCUAUUGCAGCUAGAUCGAAGACAAAUUCCGUUAUGGCAUAUAACGAGCAAACUCAAAAUAGUCAUAAUUCGUCUAGUAAUUCGGUAGUGAUACCAGGAAUCAGCAAUUUCGUUUUAAAAGAACUAGCGGAUAUACCAGACGAAUCCUUUCAACAAAACAGUCCACUUGAUCAUGCAUUAUAUAAAUUAGAAGGAAAGAAAUCGAAUUCAAGCGAUCCUAAAGAUGAAACGAAGAAUGAUCUAUUAUCAAAGGAGGUAUCUUACGUGGAAAAUGCAAACGAAAGUAAUAUCAUUCCUGAUAAUACUCAAGACAUUUUAAAUGAAAUCAAUAAUGCCAACACUCAAGAUAUAGACGACUAUCCGAGCGACAUUGUUGACAUGACCCAGGAAAGGCCCUUAACGCCUGUAAAGAAUAUGAUGGUUGUUAAGUCGCCACAAAAGAAAAAAGCAAGAGGUUCUUUAAAGAAAAAUGAAAGCAUUUUCUUCGUCAGCAACGGAUCCAGUCCACGACAAUUUCCAUCACCUAAAACUAUUUUGAAUGGAUACUAUAUUUCAACGGAUAUUUUAUCAAUCGAGAAAGUAAUGGAGACGGACUCACACAUUUCGUUUUUAUUAAGUUACGAUUCUAAAUCCUUAGCGGACCACUUCACUGUGAUUGAAAGAGAUAUUCUACAGGAAAUCGACUGGAAGGAGCUUAUUGAACUUAAAUGGAACAAGGAACUUAUCCCCGUGAAUAGUUGGCUUGAGAUAAUUGUGAACGAUAACUACUUUCACAAGAAUAAAGGUGUCAAUUUGGUUAUCGCGAGAUUCAACUUGAUGGUCAAUUGGAUUAUAUCCGAAAUUGUGAUGUCAAAAACACAACUUGAAAGAAUUAGCAUCAUCUCGCGGUUGAUACACAUAGCCCAUAACUGUUACGUGUUGCAAAACUUUUCAACAUUGAUGCAAAUAAUUCUCGGAUUAACUUCUGAAAAGGUCCUGAAGUUGAAAGAGACCUGGAAGAACUUGCCUCCAGGUGACAUUUUAAUCUUGAAGAAUUUGGAAGAACUUUCUUCUCCAUUGAAAAACUUCUUAAACAUUCGGUUGUGCAUAAACCAUAUAAAACCAUCUAAUGGUUGCAUUCCGUUUGUUGGUUUGUACUUGUCCGACCUUAUCUUCAAUGCUGAGAGACCUGCGUUUAUCAAGACUAAAAUUCCCCAUGCUGCGAAAAAUAAUGAUACCACCGGUGGGGACUCUACAUUGAAUACACAAAAUAUUGCAGCAAAAAUGAUCAACUUCUCUCGUUUCCGUACUUCGGUUCAAAUUGUGAAGUCAUUAUCUCAAUGUAUCGAAUGGUCCUCCCAUUAUGAUCUACCAAUACAAAAAGACUUGUUAUCCAAAUGUCUCUACAUUAAGUCCUUGGACGAAGAAGAGAUGAACUUUUGUUUACUGAAUAUUGUCGAUCCAUGA